CGUCUCUUCCUUUCCAGGGUUUUGGACCCAGAGAUCCAGUAAGAAGGAAGAGGACCUGAUAGUGUGAUUUUCCCCCAGCAGCCUCCACGCCUUGCUCGCUCCCACCCUCCUCCUCCUCCUGACGCUCCUCUGAUCCCAGCUCCACUCCAGCUCCUCCCAGACUCCUGCUGUGGGCUCGCCUGGUUCUACCAGGACUGGAGUCCAGGACCUCCAUUGGCUCAGCGCUUGGGGGUUUGAGGAUGGCCGGGGUCCUGAUGUUCUUGGCUGUGGUGGUCCCUGUUGUCCUGCUGCUCGUCAGCGCUGACGCUGCUGGACAGAACCCAGACCAUGUCUUACAGGGGACAGGGGUGAAACCUGAAGCUUGGCGAUCCAGUGAGGACUCCACUAUCGCACCUGAGGAUGCCGCACGCUUCCUCAGCUGCUAUUGCUCUGGACACUGCCCUGAGGAUGCCAAAAACAACACCUGCCAGACCAACGGUCAGUGCUUUGCCAUCAUAGAGGAAGAUGAGUAUGGAGAGGUCAUCCUCACCUCUGGCUGCAUGAAGUAUGAAGGCUCACACUUCCAGUGCAAGGACUCUCCAAGAGCUCAGACCAGAAGAACGAUAGAGUGCUGCAACACUGACUUCUGCAACCAGGACCUUCAGCCCACCCUCCCACCCCCACUGCACCCGAGUGGGUUUGACGGCGCACACUGGCUGGCCUUACUCAUCUCCAUGACGGUCUGCUGCUGCACUCUGAUCUGCAUCACGGUGGUCUGUUACUACAGGUACAAGUGGCAGAGUGAGCGGCGCCGCUACCACAGAGAUCUGGAACAGGAGGUCUUCAUCCCUGUUGGAGAGUCACUCAAAGACCUCAUCCACCAAUCACAGAGCUCUGGGAGCGGCUCAGGUCUCCCCCUGCUGGUGCAGCGGACCAUCGCCAAGCAGAUCCAGAUGGUGCGUCAGAUCGGUAAAGGCCGGUAUGGCGAGGUGUGGCUGGGUCGCUGGCGAGGAGAGAAAGUGGCCGUCAAAGUCUUCUUCACCCGAGAGGAGGCCAGCUGGUUCAGAGAGACGGAGAUCUACCAGACAGUCCUGAUGAGACACGAAAACAUUCUGGGCUUCAUCGCAGCAGACAUCAAGGGCACCGGCGCUUUCACGCAGCUCUUCCUCAUCACCGACUACCACGACAACGGGUCUCUGUACGACUACCUGAAGCUGACCACGCUGGACACGCAGGCGCUGCUGCGACUCGCCUUCUCGACGGCCUGCGGACUGUGUCACCUUCACACCGAGAUAUAUGGCACGCAGGGCAAACCUGCCAUCGCACACCGUGACCUCAAGAGCAAAAACAUCCUGGUCAAAAAGAACGGCACCUGCUGCAUCGCCGACCUCGGACUCGCCAUCAAGUUCAACAGCGACACGAACGAGGUGGACAUCCCGCUCAGCACUCGGGUGGGGACAAGACGCUACAUGGCCCCUGAGGUCCUGGACAACAGCCUGAACAAGAACCACUUCCAGGAGUACAUCAUGGCUGACAUCUACAGCUACGGCCUCAUCAUCUGGGAGAUGGCACGGCGCUGCGUCACUGGAGGUAUCGUGGAGGACUACCAGCUGCCGUACUAUGAGAUGGUGCCCUCUGACCCCUCUUAUGAGGACAUGCUGGAGGUGGUGUGUGUGAAAGGACUGCGCCCCACAGUGUCCAACCGCUGGAACAGUGACGAGGUGAGACGCCUCACUCUGCGCCGUACUGCUCAUUUCUCCGCCGUCUUUAGGCUCACUGAGACGUUGUUGAGCUACGUUCACAUCCGCCUGAGCUCCGACUAA